AUGAUGAUGUACCUCAUUUUCAAAGGGUUAUGGGAAGCGGUAAACGCCACAUCUGGCGUCUCCGAGGCGAAGGAGCAGCAGGCGCAUGCGGUAAUCGUGCUCAACUUGAGCGAUACUUAG